AUGGCCGCCCUCCACUCUCAUCUCAAGUACCUCGCACCUAUCAGUUUCUCAGAUGUACCACAGGAUAAAGUGGAACUCGACCCCUUCUUAGCAGACAUAUUCACUCAUGUCCAGUCCAUAGUCGAGUCCAUACCCAUUCCUGACCCAGAUUCCUCCCUCUACAGUAACCUUGAACACGGCAGCAGAUCUCAGGCCAACAGCGCCGCCGAGAUGUCUAUAUCCAAUGCACGAAGCCCUCCUCCCUCGCCUGAAGAUGCUGCGCUACAGAAAGAGUGGGGGAAGCCGAUUAAGCUGUCUGCCAAAGAGAAUCCAAUGAACAUUGCUGUUUAUAAGCUAGGAGGCAAAGACGGGAAGGGUGCAUGGUUUGCUCGUAGGAGCGUCCACGAAGGCCUAGGCUUCUCGCGAUUCAAGAGAGGCUUUGAAAGGGAAUUUCCCACCUCUCUGGCCGUUCAAGGGGCACCAGGAGAGGGCAAUAUCAGAGGCAUUGGAGCUGAGACAAAGGUCGAAGAAAUCACAGUCCCCAACCGAGGAAAGGUCGAGGUAUAUCGAUUGAGUGCUCAGUUUCCAGGCCCAACUACUCCUAGAGAUUUUGUUACCCUCCUCGCCACCUCGACAAAGGCCAUGAAACCUCACGGAGAUGCCCAUAAAACUCCCGACCUAGUGCCUCGCCACUACAUGAUCAUAUCUAAACCUUGUGAUCAUCCAGAAACUCAACCCCGGUCUGGCUUUAUCCGUGGACAGUACGAAUCAGUUGAAUUCAUCCGCGAAAUCCCGAGAAAAUUAAAAACCACCACUUCUUCUACCGAUCUAAGUAGACUCGGUCACAAUCGGCCUGUGUCACCUUCACUCGAGAAGGAGGUGUUGAUGCAUAACGCUGCGAAGCAUGAAGUCUCAUUCGAUAAAUUUGCCACUGAUGAUCACCGGGACAACAAGCACUUGUCGGUCGAUACUUCUCGUUCCAGUCUGAGAGAUUUGUCUCCAUCGAGCAGAAAGCGCAGUGCGACAGUUGGAGUUCCAGCUACCCCUCUCUUCGGCGGCGAUAUGGCUGAUCACUAUGAUCCGGAGGAUAAUCCUGUUGAGUGGAUUAUGGUUACGCGGAGCGAUCCUGGUGGCAGCGUGCCCCGCUUUAUGGUUGAAAGAGGCACGCCUAGCAGCAUUUGCGCUGAUGCUCUAAAAUUUUUAGACUGGGCUUGUCAGCAUGAGGACGAUGAGGAUACGUUAGAGAGGCACCAGUCAAGGCCUGAUGGAAAUCGACGCGAGAGUUUUGCGAGUUGGGAAGCAAAUGGCACGCUGGCUGGCAUUCGCGAGCAAGUGGACAGCCUAUCUUCAGCUGUAGAAGAUCGAUCCGCUCCGUCUACUCCGAAGGCAAGCGGGCAUGGGGUAGAACCCUUCCCGAGUGUCUCUGCCGACGAGAUGGAGGAAAACAACGCUAGCAUACCUUCCUCCCCUUCUUCUCAGUCGGGAUUCAUUGCAGCUGUGUCACAUACCAUCAACUCGUACACACCGCAAGGCGUCCGCGAUCGUUUACCUUACUUGCAUGAUUCAACGCCAAAAGGAAGUCCUCAAAGUGUCCCCAGGCAGAUUAAUAGGGAUCCUGCAGUAUCGGACUUGUCAAUACCCUCACAGGGGCAAGUCAAGGACGACGACGACGACACCUCGUCAACUAUCUCGAAUACGUCCUUUGCCUCAGCCGACUCUCACAUCACAUCUGACGAAUCCCCAUCGGUGUCUUCUAAAUCGCCUCAAGAAAGCCAAAUUUUAUCUCAACACAAUAAAGAGAUGACAAAACUCGCCGAGCAAAAAGCAGCAAUGGAUGCGAAGUUCUCUCAACAACGAGAGAAGAUUUCCAGUCAAGCCAACAAGGAUACGGAGAAGGAGCAACAGGCCUUGAAAAAGGCCGAAGAAAAGCAUGAGCGUGAGAUCAAGAAGCAAGAAGAGAAAUAUAAAAAGGAGCUCGCUAGACUUGAGGCAAAGAAAUCAAAAGAAGCAAAGAAACUGGCUGAGAAGAAACGCAAGCAGGAGGACAAAGACGAAAAGGGUCGGCUUACGCGAGAGCGCGACGAAGCGCGUGCCCAGUUAACCCUCGUGCAAAAGGAGAAUGAUCUCUUCCAGCAACAGAUCGGUGAGCUUCAAAAAGAGAAUACAGCCCUUACGGCUCGCCUGGGGAAACUGGAAGGCAGUGGCUUGUUGGCCGAUAAUCCAGCAAGCGGCACCAAUCGUUUCAGAGCCGUAACGCUGGCUUCCGAUGGUCGAAAUAGGAGCUCGAGCAUACUGAGCCGCAAGAAGAACAACAAGGCAGACGAUAAGAGCAGCGAGAAAUCCUAG